AGCCAGCAACCCCUUAGAUCGUUUUGGUUUGUGCACGGGUGCUGGUGGAAAAGCAUUUGAUUCUAUACUGUGCAAUUUGAGAACGGUGCGUUUUAACAUUUAACAUAGGCGGGUCAGCUAUUUUCAAAUCCAAAUACAAGAAACUUUUCAAAUUUCUCCUUCACGAAGCCAAAUCUCCUAUUCAGAUUAUUCUCUCCUCCCAUUUCAGAUUCCACCAUUAUAAACACAUGAAUUCUGGAUCUCAAGAGCAGGAAGCAGAUAACAACAAGAGGCAAUGGUCCUUGCAAGACUUCGAGAUUGGAAAACCUCUCGGGAAAGGAAAAUUUGGGAGAGUCUACCUCGCCAGAGAAGUAAAGAGCAAAUACAUAGUGGCACUGAAGGUAAUAUUUAAGGAACAGAUAGAGAAAUACAGGAUUCAUCACCAAUUAAAGAGAGAGAUGGAGAUUCAGACCAGUCUUCGUCACCCAAAUAUUCUGCGUCUCUAUGGUUGGUUUCACGACGAUGAGCGCAUUUUCUUAAUACUCGAGUAUGCAUUCGGCGGUGAGCUUUAUAAAGAGCUUAAGAAAAAAGGUCAUCUCAGUGAAAAGCAGGCUGCAACGUACAUUGCAAGCCUCACAAACGCCUUGGCAUACUGUCAUAAGAAGGAUGUGAUUCACAGGGAUAUUAAGCCAGAAAAUUUGUUGCUUGAUCAUGAGGGUCGAUUGAAAAUUGCAGAUUUUGGGUGGUCUGUGCAAUCCAGGAGCAAGAGGCACACUAUGUGUGGGACACUGGAUUAUCUAGCACCAGAAAUGGUGGAAAGUAAAGCUCAUGAUUAUGCAGUUGAUAACUGGACUUUAGGCAUACUUUGUUAUGAGUUCCUUUAUGGCGCCCCUCCUUUUGAAGCUGAGAGUCAAAAGGAUACAUUCAAAAGGAUCGUGAAAGUUGAUCUGACUUUCCCUUCAAAACCGCCGGUUUCAGCAGAUGCCAAAGACCUCAUUAGCCGACUUCUGGUGAAGGACUCUUCUAAGAGGCUCUCUCUUCAGAAGAUCACGGAGCACCCUUGGAUAAUCAAGAAUGCAGAUCCUAUGGGAAUCUCCAAAUCUACCAAACAAUCAUGAGGGCAUUUUCAUUUGGGAACUUGGAGGCACCUACAAUUGGAUAGAAACAAACAAUGGCAGCAAGGAAAUGGCCUCUCUUGAAGUGAUAAGGAAUCCAAUGUGGUGGUCUUAAUUAACUCCUAACAUCAGACAAUCAAGGCAUAGUUAUUUGAAAAUUUUCAAGCAGAUUAGCAAUUGUUUCAUUAUUCAUAUAGGCUGUAAGUCACUGUGAAAAUAACAUUGAAGAGCUGUGUCCAUUUUUAUUAUAUCACACUACCUU